UUAAAACAAUUAAGGGAAUAAAUGCGUAAACAAUGAGUGCGUUGAAUGAUUCGGUAAUAAUUUGUGAUGCAGUAUCGAAUUCAGCUGAAAAGAAAACUUCCCUGAGGAGCAAGAAUCGAGUAAAGAUUGUGAAAAAGACAUUUUAUGAGAAUUCUUUGAGACAUAUCCAGUUGAGUGCUAAACGAUGGCGGCAAAUAGAAGCACAGAAGAAAUUACUGCAGAAUGUCAAACAAGUUGAUAAUAAUAAAAACACGUUUUUCUCCUCUGAAGCUGAUUCUGUAGAGCAAGAUAGUGUAAUUAUAUUGAGCGACAAUGAAUUUGAGUCCACCAGUAAGGAGAAUGAAGAUAUUUGCAAAGAUAGCGAAUGUACUAAAAAGAGAUCUUUUGAGAGCUCAGAAGAUGAUUCUAACAAGCCUUUAGGACAAAGAGAAACCAGAGCUAAAAAACACCAAAGAAAGAAAAGAAAGGUAGACUCUGUUUCAUCAAUAAAUAAUAAUACAUCUUGUCUUUUGAUAUCAGAUACAGAAGAUUCAGACAUAGUAACAAUAGCAGCAAACAAUGAAAACAUAGCACCGUUGGAUUCUAUAAAUCAGAGUUCAGAUGAUAUUGUUGUAGUAUGGUCAUCCUCAAAUACAGCUUUGCCUGAUGCCACAAUAGAAGAGGACAGAACACUAAAUGAUGAAAAAGAAAAGGAGAGCACAACAAAUUGCGAGAAAGAGGAAGAAACAGUUGAACAGCAAGAAAUAAGCAAUAGACUUUUCAUGAUAGAUUGCAGUCCAAAUGAAAAGAAUCUCAAAUACUUAAGGCACACAAAAAAUUUUGACAAAUGCUUCACACCCAAUGCCGUAAAAAAAAAUCAGAACAAUGAGCCUGAUUUGAUCUUCAGCAUACCGGGACUAGUAUUUCCUAUGGCCACAGAUAUAAGUCAUACAAUAAUGAUGAAAAAACCAAAAUCAUUAUUUAAUGCAUUAGCAAAGUUAGAACUGAAAGCAUCCGAAUCAUAUACUGAACAAACACCAUUGCCCAGUACAUCAAAAGAAAGUACAUCAAAAGAAAGUACAUCAAAAGAAAGUACAUCAAAAGAAAGUACAUCAAAAGAAAGUACAUCAAAAGAAAGUACAGCAAAAGAAAGUACAUCAAAAGAAAAUAACACGUUAUUAACCACUUCACACACAACCAUUCCUUCAACACCUGCAAAACUUACUAGAUUAAGACCAAUUAUUAUUGAUGGAAAUAAUGUGGCUAUGGCAUAUACGAAUGGCAAAGCAUUUUCGGAAAAAGGAAUAUUGAUGGUUAUCGAUUACUUCAAGAAAAGAGGACAUUCGGUGAAGGUGUUUAUACCUCAAUACAGAAGAGCAGUUAUUCACCAAAUGCUUGAGAAAUGGUAUACAGAAGGCAUAGCAGUCUUCACACCGAGUCGGUAUAUAGCUGGUAGAUGGAUAACUUCUUAUGACGAUCGGUAUAUAUUGCAAUAUGCGACAAUGUGUGAAGGUAUUGUGAUUUCGAUGGAUCAGUAUAGGGAUUUGUAUAAAGAAAAACCUGAAUGGCGUGAGACAAUUUUAAAUCGAUUGUUGGUUCCAACUUUUGUCGGAGAUAUUGUUAUGUUUCCAGAUGAUCCGUUAGGGAGAAGCGGUCCUAGACUUGACGAAUUCUUAAGGUACUAA